AUGGCGUCCUCUCUGCUUGAGGAAGAAGCUCACUAUGGCUCCAGUCCCCUGGCCAUGCUGACAGCAGCGUGCAGUAAAUUUGGUGGCUCCAGCCCUCUGCGGGACUGUGCGACAACAGUGGGAAAAGGAGGCACAAAGAAGCCAUACUCUGACCUUUCAGCCCCCAAAACCAUGGGGGACGCCUACCCAGCUCCCUUUUCAAGCACCAAUGGGCUCCUCUCCCCUGCAGGCAGUCCUCCUGCCCCAGCCUCUGGCUAUGCCAAUGACUAUCCACCCUUUCCCCAUUCAUUUCCUGGGCCCACUGGUGCCCAAGACCCUGGGCUACUGGUGCCCAAGGGGCACAGCUCUUCUGACUGCCUGCCUAGUGUCUACACCUCUCUGGACAUGGCCCAUCCUUACGGUUCCUGGUACAAGGCAGGUAUUCAUGCAGGCAUCUCACCAGGUCCAGGCAACACACCUACUCCUUGGUGGGACAUGCACCCUGGGGGCAACUGGCUAGGUGGUGGCCAGGGCCAGGGUGAUGGGCUACAAGGGACACUGUCCACAGGCCCUACCCAGCCUCCACUGAACCCCCAGCUGCCUACUUACCCAUCUGACUUUGCCCCCCUCAAUCCAGCUCCCUACCCAGCGCCCCACCUCCUGCAAUCAGGGCCCCAGCAUGUUCUACCCCAAGAUGUCUAUAAGCCCAAGGCAGUUGGCAAUAGUGGGCAACUGGAGGGGAGUGGUGCAGGCAAACCCCCGCGGGGUGCAGGCACUGGGGGUAGUGGUGGAUAUGCCGGAAGUGGGGCAGGCCGUUCUACUUGCGACUGCCCCAACUGUCAGGAGCUCGAGCGGCUGGGGGCAGCAGCUGCUGGGCUGCGGAAGAAACCCAUUCACAGCUGCCACAUCCCUGGUUGCGGCAAAGUGUACGGCAAGGCUUCCCAUCUGAAAGCCCACUUGCGCUGGCACACUGGCGAGAGGCCUUUCGUCUGCAACUGGCUUUUCUGCGGCAAGAGGUUCACCCGCUCCGACGAGCUGGAGCGCCACGUGCGCACUCACACCCGGGAGAAGAAGUUCACCUGCCUGCUCUGCUCCAAGCGCUUCACCAGAAGCGACCACUUGAGCAAACACCAGCGCACCCACGGGGAACCAGGCCCGGGGCCGCCCCCAAGUGGUCCUAAGGAGCUGGGGGAGGGCCGCAGCGUCGGGGAAGAAGAAGCCAGUCAGCCUCCCCGAUCUUCCACCUCCCCUGCACCCCCAGAAAAAGCCCCUGGAGGCAGUCCGGAGCAGAGCAACCUGCUAGAGAUCUGAGCUGGGUAGAGGAAGGUCUCCAGUUCCAGGGUCCUCUUGCCAGGCUCUCUUGGUGUGGUGGGCCACUGCUUGCCCCUCACUCUUUCCUAUGCAUGCUAUACUUGGGGGCUUUCUCCGCCUGACCCCUAGACAUUACUAACCUGGCUAUCUCCUUAGCUCUUCUCCCUUUACCCACUUAGUCAAACUCC